UUUUUUUUUUUAAUUUUUUUUGUUUACUUGUUUGUAUAGUUUAAUUUGCACACCCAAUUUGUUGUUGUAUUAGUGUUGUGUUAUAGAAAUUAACUCAACAAGUUGUUUAGAGCUCAAAUGUCCUUCAAAAUAUACACAUUUUCUUGUUUAGAUUCAUGUGUGUUUUUAUGUGAAAAAGAAAAAAUGAAAGAUAAGUGAAUAAGUUGUUGUUAUCGCAGUUAAAGUUGUCAUUUUAUUUGUAUACAUUAACUAUAUACAAGUGCAUAAAGUAGGCACCUUCGAAUAGAAGUUUGUGAUUUAUUUUUUUUUUUUGGUUUUGUAAAAUUGCUACAAAGUGUGACGACUGAUCGUGAUCAUGAACUGAACAAAAAAAAAAUCUAUGACACAGAAAUGAAAAUGGCGAUUGACGUACGACUGACUAUUUUACAAGAUACGAUGUUCUAGUAGCACCUGGCUCCUAGAACACGUUUCUCAUCAAAUUGCAGAAGAUUUUUGCAACAAAAAAAAAAAAACAAAAACACAUACGCACAUAUACGCCCAUCACAAACAACACAACUCAACUCUAACAAAUAUAAAACGAAAAAACACAAUAAAACCAUGUCAUCAUCAAUUAAAAGCGAACCAUCGGCAUAUAAUGCUGCCCACGGCAGCACUAUCACAAACAUUGUUGGUGUCCAACAAUCACCAACAACUACAACAUCAUCAUCAUCAUCUAUCAUUCGCAACAAUGUCUCAGUGACUAACAUCAAAUGCGAAGAAGAUCGCAAUUGUAGCAAUAACAGCAGUCCUUUACGGACGCUACAUCCAUCGUCUAUGGUCACAACAGCCUAUUACAAUCAAGGCAAUGGAUCCAUCCGGAUUCCGGUUAGUAAACGUGAGGAUUCUGACUCGGAGACUGAACUGUCGCACAUUGAGAACUUGAAAGUUAAUCGAAGAUCGGUCAGUCAAGCUGUGAAGAAUGGCCCAAGGCCAAUGUCAUGGGAGGGCGAACUUUCCGAUACCGACCCCGAUCCGAUGGACACUGAAAAUUCGACAAGCUGUGACAAAACUUUCCCUCACGCGCCUGUAACCGUGAUCAAAAACGAUCCAGAUCGCAAACCUAUGCUCGAUCAAAUUUGUCUUGAGAUAAACUCAUCGCACUACAUCAGCAAAAAGCCACAGAGUGAUCCUAUUAACCUUAAGUAUGAGCCAGGACUUCUGGCCGACCCCACCGGCACCAGUAACUCGCCAUUGCUUGCACGUUCCAAGACAACAGCCAAUUUGUUGCCUGCCAAUCCUAGCCCCGAUUCUGCCAUUCAUUCCGCGUACACGCACAGUUCACCAAGUGAAUCGCCACUCACAUCCCGACACGCCACUUACACACCCUCACUGAGUCGCAAUAACAGCGAUGCAUCGCACAGUAGUUGUUACUCCUACAGCUCGGAAUUCAGUCCAACCCACUCGCCCAUUGCCGGCCGCCACAAUAUGUAUGGCAACUAUAGUGGCGGCUCUCUUCAUCAUUCCGUUUUAUAUCGUCCGAGUAUCUCGGAUAGUGGCAGCAGCGCUGCCAGUUGCUCCUCUUCGGAUCCUCAGAAUCUAUCACAAGCCGCUGUAGUAGCAGCGGCAGCAUCUGCGCUGGCCGCAGCCUCAACCACAUCAAUCUCAGUGAAUGGCACAACUCCGCCCGGGCUCAAGACCGAGGAGCUGCUUUUCGACAGUGAGGCCAUCCCAUCGGCUGGCAUUUCGCGACAGCAGCUAAUCAAUUCGCCGUGUCCCAUUUGUGGCGACAAGAUCUCUGGCUUCCAUUAUGGCAUAUUCUCGUGUGAAUCCUGCAAGGGUUUCUUCAAGAGAACCGUGCAGAAUCGUAAGAACUAUGUGUGCGUGCGAGGUGGACCAUGUCCGGUGACCAUCUCGACGCGCAAGAAAUGCCCAGCAUGUCGUUUCGAUAAGUGCCUGCAAAAAGGCAUGAAACUCGAGGCCAUUCGAGAAGAUCGAACUCGUGGUGGACGUUCGACAUACCAGUGUUCGUAUACGCUGCCCAAUUCAAUGCUCAGUCCAUUGCUGAACAAUGACCAAUCCAAUCAACAACAGCAGCAGCAAACACAACAACACCAACAACAACAAAGUGGCUCCUCUCGGAUGGGAGUUAAUGGCUUUGUCAUCAAAACAGAACAACCAGACAGCAGCACGGGUGGAACAUCGACCCCAACACCCGGAAGUAGUAACUAUCAACGUUCCACAAGUCACGAAAUCCCCACCCUGCUGCAGGAGAUAAUGAACGUAGAACAUCUGUGGCAAUACAAUGCAACUGAGUUGGCACGACUGAAUCAACCGUUGUCGGCGUCGUGUUCAUCUUCGUCGACGUCAUCAUCAUCAUCAUCGACAUCGGCGGCAGCGCCGCCUCCUGGCAACAAUAUUGCCUCCAAUCCGCUGCUGGCCAGCGCUGGUCUCUCAUCGAAUGGAGAGAAUGCAAAUCCCGACUUAAUAGCCAACCUGUGCACAGUUGCUGACCAUCGAUUGUAUAAGAUUGUCAAAUGGUGCAAGAGUUUGCCGCUUUUUAAAAAUAUUUCUAUUGAUGAUCAAAUAUGCCUGCUUAUCAAUUCAUGGUGUGAACUUUUAUUGUUUUCAUGUUGCUUCCGAUCGAUUGAUUCACCAGGCGAGAUCAAAAUCUCACAAGGCAAAUCGAUAAAUUUGGCUCAAGCUAAGUCGAAUGGUUUGCAGUCGUGCAUUGAACGGAUGCUCAAUCUGACAGACCAUUUACGACGUUUACGAGUCGAUCGGUAUGAAUAUGUUGCCAUGAAAGUAAUCGUUUUACUUCAAUCAGAUACAUCUGAAUUGACUGAACCGGUCAAAGUACGUGAGUGUCAAGAGAAAGCAUUACAAUCUCUACAAGCUUAUACGUUAGCCUUUUAUCCUGAAAUGCCAUCGAAAUUUGGUGAAUUACUAUUAAGGAUUCCAGAAUUGCAGAGAACGUGUCAGUUGGGUAAAGAGAUGUUAACUAUAAAAUCUCGUGACGGUGGUGAUUUCAAUUUACUCAUGGAACUUUUACGCGGAGAACAUUGACAAAAACUCAAGAAACCUUUGAGGUAUCAUGCAUAAAAUUAAAUCCCGCCGCCGCCGCCGCAGUGCCGAUGUCUUCGUCACCAUUAUGGUCCACCUUCAUUAUUAUAUAUUAUAUUUUUUUUUCAUAUGGAAUUGAAAAUUGCAUGCAAAACAAAAUUAACGUGCCUAAAAUUGAACAAUUACAAAAAAAAAACAUAAAUUAAAGUAAAUUAGUUUUAUAUUUAAAAAAAGAAAAAAAAAAAAUCAUUCAUUAAAUCGCCAAAUUUCCGUUUAUUGUUUCUAAACCUAAAGACGUAAAAAAAAACAAUAAAAA